AUGUCCAUGCCAUACUCCAGACAAGACCCGUCGUUCACCCUCAGUGACGACGAACGCAUGUACAUGAGCCAUCACAGCCCCAUGCAUCGCCCUCAUGACGCCUUCCCGGCCCCCAAGGGUCCCGAUCCCUUGUCGGCCAACUGGAACUACGACAGCGCCAUUGAUCUGUUCUCCUUGAACACUAUGAUGCCCGAGAACUUCGCUCUCGACGUUCCGAAUGAGCCUAUCAUGGGGGUGGACCCCAAGGAUUUCCCCGCGGAUUUCUUCGCCCCUCCUCCUGAUAUCAGCGGAUUCACCAUCUCCAACCAUUCGGGUGAAGAUGCCGGAUCCAUCACUUCAGACCUGGAAAGUGACGACCAGUCCUGGUCGCCCACCUAUGCUGCCGCCCCCGCUGAGAUGCUUCCCGCCUCGGGAAGACAAUCCACCCGCCGCAAGACCACCCCACCGGUGAAGCGUGAGACAACAUGGUCCUCCAGUCCUGAACUCGUUCCCCAAGAAUAUAACGCCCACACUUCUCCUCAGCUGGCUCCCACAUCGCCACAGACCAGCCGAAAGAUGACUCGCACAAUGUCCGCCGACUCCAAUGCUAGCACAGGCCAGACCACCACGCCAACGACCUCAAGUGGACGCAACGCCGCGAAACGAGCCGCACACAACAUCAUUGAAAAGCGGUAUCGGACCAACAUGAACGCCAAGUUCGUCGCCCUGGAGAAGGCCAUGUGUGGCGGAGUCCAGAAGUCGAGCAAGAGCGGGUCCGCGUCGCUCAAGAAAUCUGAGAUCCUGACCAAUGCCAUCGCCUACAUGCAAGAACUGCAGGAAGAAAACAAAGCCCUCCAGAAGGAGCUAGCCAUGAUGAAACAAAACAUGAUCCCGAGCGGGAUGUGGCGACACCCUAAGGGGGCUGAGCCGUAUCGCGCCUGA